CAUGGUGGACUAACGGCAACAACUGCGAAAUCCGACGCGAUUAUUUAUUUACAAAUAGGGACGUAAUGGCAGUGGUGCGAAGCUGGGUGCAAUGUCAGUGACACGGUUUUACUAGAUGAAUGUCAAGAAAUAACUGUUAUCCUAGUAGUAGUGUACGUUUAUUGUUAUGUCUCUGGAUGGUGGACAGCCUUCGGUCAUGACAUGAGAACCUGAUCUGAUGCUGAUGUUUAUUUCAACCGGCUUAUCAUCAUGCAGUGGAAUUUAUCCAUCUAAUGGGUCCGUCGUAUAUUUUAAACUCCUGUUCAUAAGAAACCCUGCGAAGGGGUUUAAUUAUUGCUACACAGUGUAACACAGCAGAUAGAAGAGGUCGCCAUGGGGAGCAAAGUCAGUGGCAAAAUGGCUGCUGCUGGUAGGGUCAUACAGGUAGUACGGCCUCACACCCCUUUAAUCAAAUUCCCCAAUCGCCUGAAUAUCCCAAGACCUAAUGGAAGCACUGAAAAUCGUCAUUGCCAACCCACCAGAAACGUCUGCUGGAUCACACAGUUUGCGGCCAUCUGCUGCUUCAGAGUCAAGGCCCCCAGAGCCACAGAGGCAGCUCCCUGGAACGCCGGACACUGCUGCAGCAGUCAGAGACUUUCCCCAGAGAUAUCGCAGAAGACCUCUUGCCUUAGAAGAGAUGGACUACAUUCAGCGUGGUGGACCAGAAUAACCUGAAACGCUUCAGUGUGACAUGCUUCAGUCUUCAUCUACAAAGUUCAGUAUUUCUUGUCCUUGUCUAAUUGUUUAUUGUACACCUGAUGUCUUUUAAAGAUUUCUGAAUAAAAUAUUUAAUUUAUGCAGGCAACUUAAUUUUGAAAUAACUUUCCUUUGUACACCAUUUGAGAUGGAGAAAUUCACAGAAACAAACUCCUGAGCAUAAUUAAACUGAGGUUUAGUUAUGAUUCUUUGUCUUGUCCAUAAUUCUGUUCAGCAGAGUAGAUCAUAGCAGGCACUGAACUUUGCACUGAAGAUAUUUGUGAAAGCAGAUAACUGGGUGGCUUAGGGAUUUUACCAUGAUAAAAGCAUUGAAUUCUUGUGUUGUUUGAAUCCAUAUUGGAAGCCUUACACUAAUGAACUCUUUGAAUUAUGUUUCUUGUACUAUGGACAAUAUACAGAUCAUGCAAUAAACCACAAUUUAUGAAAGCAAC